UUUUUCCAAAGGCUGGAGGGCUUCACUCCGGCUGGCGCCGCCGCCUAGCGCGCUCCUGCUUCGCCGCCACGGUCCGGGGGCUGCCGGUCCCGGGUACCAUGUGUGACGGCGCCCUGCUGCCUCCGCUCGUCCUGCCCGUGCUGCUGCUGCUGGUUUGGGGACCGGACCCGGGCACAGCUGUCGGCGACGCGGCGGCCGACGUGGAGGUGGUGCUCCCGUGGCGGGUGCGCCCCGACGACGUGCACCUGCCGCCGCUGCCCGCAGCCCCCGGGCCCCGACGGCGGCGACGCCCCCGCACGCCCCCAGCUGCCCCGCGCGCCCGGCCGGGAGAGCGCGCCCUGCUGCUGCACCUGCCGGCCUUCGGGCGCGACCUGUACCUUCAGCUGCGCCGCGACCUGCGCUUCCUGUCCCGAGGCUUCGAGGUGGAGGAGGCGGGCGCGGCCGGGCGCCGCGGCCGCCCCGCCGAGCUGUGCUUCUACUCGGGCCGUGUGCUCGGCCACCCCGGCUCCCUCGUCUCGCUCAGCGCCUGCGGCGCCGCCGGCGGCCUGGUUGGCCUCAUUCAGCUUGGGCAGGAGCAGGUGCUAAUCCAGCCCCUCAACAACUCCCAGGGCCCAUUCAGUGGACGAGAGCAUCUGAUCAGGCGCAAAUGGUCCUUGACCCCCAGCCCUUCUGCCGAGGCCCAGAGACCCGGGCAGCUCUGCAAGGUUCUACCAGAAAAGAAGAAGCCGAGGCGGGGCAGGCCUUCGCGGGACUGGCGGGAGCGGAGGAACGCUAUCCGGCUCACCAGCGAGCACACGGUGGAGACCCUGGUGGUGGCCGACGCCGACAUGGUGCAGUACCACGGGGCCGAGGCUGCCCAGAGGUUCAUCCUGACCGUCAUGAACAUGGUAUACAAUAUGUUUCAGCACCAGAGCCUGGGGAUUAAAAUUAACAUUCAAGUGACCAAGCUUGUCCUGCUACGACAACGUCCUGCUAAGUUGUCCAUUGGCCACCAUGGUGAGCGGUCCCUGGAGAGCUUCUGUCACUGGCAGAACGAGGAGUAUGGAGGAGCGCGAUACCUCGGCAAUAACCAGGUUCCUGGCGGGAAGGAUGAUCCGCCCCUGGUGGAUGCUGCUGUGUUUGUGACCAGGACAGAUUUCUGUGUACACAAAGAUGAACCAUGUGACACUGUUGGAAUUGCUUACUUAGGAGGUGUGUGCAGUGCUAAGAGGAAGUGUGUGCUUGCCGAAGACAAUGGUCUCAAUUUGGCCUUUACCAUCGCCCAUGAGCUGGGCCACAACUUGGGCAUGAACCACGACGAUGACCACUCAUCUUGCGCUGGCAGGUCCCACAUCAUGUCGGGAGAGUGGGUGAAAGGCCGGAACCCAAGUGACCUCUCUUGGUCCUCCUGCAGCAGAGAUGACCUUGAAAACUUCCUCAAGUCAAAAGUCAGCACGUGCUUGCUAGUCACGGACCCCAGAAGCCAGCACACGGUACGCCUCCCGCACAAGCUGCCGGGCAUGCACUACAGUGCCAACGAGCAGUGCCAGAUCCUGUUCGGCACCAACGCCACCUUCUGCAGGAACAUGGAGCAUCUGAUGUGCGCUGGACUGUGGUGCCUGGUAGAAGGAGACACGUCUUGCAAGACCAAGCUGGACCCUCCCCUGGAUGGCACUGAGUGUGGGGCAGACAAGUGGUGCCGCGCCGGGGAGUGCGUGAGCAAGACGCCCAUCCCGGAGCACGUGGACGGAGACUGGAGCCCGUGGGGCGCCUGGAGCAUGUGCAGCCGAACAUGUGGGACGGGAGCCCGCUUCCGGCAGAGGAAAUGUGACAACCCCCCCCCUGGGCCUGGAGGCACACACUGCCUGGGUGCCAGUGUAGAACAUGCGGUCUGCGAGAACCUGCCCUGCCCCAAGGGUCUGCCCAGCUUCCGGGACCAGCAGUGCCAGGCACACGACCGGCUGAGCCCCAAGAAGAAAGGCCUGCUGACAGCCGUGGUGGUUGAUGAUAAGCCGUGUGAACUCUACUGCUUGCCCCUCGGGAAGGAGUCCCCACUGCUGGUGGCCGACAGGGUCCUGGACGGCACACCCUGCGGGCCCUACGAGACUGAUCUCUGCGUGCACGGCAAGUGCCAGCCUUUUCAACUAGGGGAUGUUCUCCAUAUUAUGACAGUGAAACCUUCAGCCGUGGAAUCAAAGACAAGAUGCUGCUUGAGACAUUCGAGUGGCAAAAUCGGCUGUGACGGCAUCAUCGGGUCUGCGGCCAAAGAAGACAGAUGCGGGGUCUGCAGCGGGGAUGGCAAGACCUGCCACUUGGUGAAGGGUGACUUCAGCCACGCCCGGGGGACAGGUUAUAUCGAAGCUGCCGUCAUUCCUGCUGGAGCUCGGAGGAUCCGUGUGGUAGAGGAUAAACCUGCCCACAGCUUUCUGGCUCUCAAAGACUCCGGUAAGGGAUCCAUCAACAGUGACUGGAAGAUAGAGCUCCCCGGAGAGUUCCAGAUUGCAGGCACAACUGUUCGCUAUGUGAGAAGGGGGCUGUGGGAGAAGAUUUCUGCCAAGGGACCAACCAAACUACCGUUGCACUUGAUGGUGUUGUUAUUUCACGACCAAGAUUAUGGAAUUCAUUAUGAAUACACUGUUCCUGUAAACCACACUGCAGAAAAUCAAAGCGAACCAGAAAAACCGCAGGACUCUUUGUUCAUCUGGACCCACAGCGGCUGGGAAGGGUGCAGUGUGCAGUGCGGAGGAGGGGAGCGCAGAACCAUUGUCUCGUGUACACGGAUUGUCAACAAGACCACAACUCUGGUGAACGACAGUGACUGCCCUCAAGCAAGCCGCCCAGAGCCCCAGGUCCGAAGGUGCAACUUGCACCCCUGCCAGUCACGGUGGGUGGCAGGCCCAUGGAGCCCCUGCUCGGCGACCUGUGAGAAAGGCUUCCAGCACCGGGAGGUGACCUGCGUGUACCAGCUGCAGAAUGGCACACAUGUCGCUACACGGCCCCUCUACUGCCCGGGCCCCCGGCCAGCGGCAGUGCAGAGCUGUGAAGGCCAGGACUGCCUGUCCAUCUGGGAGGCGUCUGAGUGGUCGCAGUGUUCUGCCAGCUGUGGUAAAGGGGUGCGGAAACGGACUGUGGCGUGCACCAACUCACAAGGGAAAUGCGAUGCAUCCACAAGGCCAAGAGCCGAGGAGGCCUGCGAGGACUACUCGGGCUGCUAUGAGUGGAAAACCGGGGACUGGUCUACGUGCUCGUCGACCUGCGGGAAGGGCCUGCAGUCCCGGGUGGUGCAGUGCAUGCACAAGGUCACAGGGCGCCAUGGCAGCGAGUGCCCCGCCCUCUCGAAGCCUGCCCCCUACAGACAGUGCUACCAGCAGGUCUGCAACGACAGGAUCAACGCCAACACCAUCACCUCCCCCCGCCUUGCUGCUCUGACCUACAAAUGCACACGAGACCAGUGGACGGUGUAUUGCCGGGUCAUCCGAGAAAAGAACCUCUGCCAGGACAUGCGGUGGUACCAGCGCUGCUGCCAGACCUGCAGGGACUUCUAUGCAAACAAGAUGCGCCAGCCACCGCCGAGCUCGUGACGUGCAGUCCCGGGGGUCGCUCAAAGCUCAGACUCAGGUCUGAAACCCACCUACCCCCAAGCGUACCAGCCUUGUGGCCACGCCCCCACAAGGCUGCUGCAAGAAUCCAACUGCAUCGAACAUAAGCGUGGACUUGGCGUUUGCCAUUAGUGCUUCUGUACUUAAUAUAUUGUUAACAGCCACUGGAUGGCUUUCUACAGUGAGGAAAAAGUAGGCACGAGUCACAAAGUAACUUUAAUUUCCAGGAUUCCAGGUACCUCGAAGGGAAGCACCUCUGGCAGCCAACCGUCAAAAGAGAGACAUCAUUUAGUGUUCCUGUCUUGGCUCGCUUUUGACAUUUGAAUUUCCAGUGCUUGGUAUAUCAUGGAGAAAACAUCCCCAAAACGACACAUGUUAGAAAAGGCUUUAUUCUGAAAGCCGGCGACACCCUGGAGGGAGGGGCAGGUGUUGGUGAGCCUCUGCCCAUGGAGAGGGCCGGGCUGCUUAGCCCACGUUUCUCUUCGUCUUCCUUCUUGACCACAUGAGAACAAGGAUGAUGCCUCCGUGCCCGUCUCUGACAACAUAGUCUCUAAAUCCUAGGUGUUGCCUUGGAAGUCUCGUCCCUGAGAGUGUAAAUCUAUAUAUGCCAACGAGGACACCAGUGCCACGCAGUUCAUACCACCCACCUGGGAAGAAUGUUCCAAGAGAGUCUGGGUUUGGGGAAGCAUCUAAUUUUCAAAGCUCUGCUGUCCACCAUGUAGGGAAACAGAAGGGCCUCUCUUCAAGGUGCUGUGAAAUAAGAAACGGUAAUUGCGGCGAUGGGGUUGCUUCCUAAGGCAAAGGUAAGCUUGGGCCAGCUUCACUGGGGCGGAUGGGCACCUGCCCCGCCUUCUGGGAGCAUCCAAUCUGGCCCGCACUUCCUAAAGCUUUGUACCUUGGAGAUGCUGUACCACAUCCCCGUGGCUUUCUACCGACCGUGGCCAUGUAUCUGAAGGUAAGAUGACAUUUGGGACCUCUGAGAACACAAGCCCAGGCCUAGGAUCUGUAGUGCAAGGCCUGACUGCUCUAUCCUGGCACGGAGCAGCCUGAUGUGCCGGGACCAGGGGAGGAACACCAUCUGGCUGGCACUGCUGCACACCCGCCGAGCCUUCCUGUAGCCCCAGACUUUGUGAUACCCGUUAUCAUCUCGCCUGUCAUCACUGACCCAUCUUCUUGGUGGGGCAAGGAUGAUGAAGGUCCUUCCCUCCUGCAGCCCCCUCACGCCUGGCAGCAGAGGGGCCUCUUUGAGAGCACAGAGGAUGGUAGACCCCUAUGUGCAAGCAGGCCGGGCAGGCUGGGGACAGGGACCCUAGAUGCCAGGGGGCCUGUUUUGCUCACCAACUUGGUGGGCAGUUCAUGGGUGCUUAUCUUCUAGGACUUUACCAUAAGCAACACCUCCUCCCUGAUUUCAGAGAGAAGGUCUCACUUGGACUUCCAUGGGAUCAUCUCCCAGUGCUUCUUGAUUUAUUGGUGCUGUGUUUCUGUGUUUUGUUUUGUUAGAUGUCACAACUGUAGAGUUAGCUUAGAUCAGAAAGAAGCCUCUCUGCCUUCUCCACCCUGUCUUACGAGCUGUGUUUGUUUGUUUGUGUUUUUUUACUACCCCAGAGGCAGAGAAGCGGUCGGGAUGUCAGGGAAUUUACUCAUUUCCACUUGAUUCAACGAGAAGUGUUGAGAAACUUCCGUGGGUGCUCUGUAGAAAGAACUGAGAGUGUCAGGAUGGAGCGGCCCACCCUCGCCCCGGGGCCCGUGCAGACCACUGUCCUCCCCCUCAGGCCUGGCCACCAGCAGACUCCCGUGAAUUCCCAUUUUCACAAAGCCCUCAAAAUUUUGGGGGAGCUGAGGUUCAAUUUUCUUCAUCCCCAAAUGAACUGUUAAUUCACCGAAAGACAUUUAGACUUUUGCAGCCAAGGAGCAGAGCCGGGUGAGCUCACUAAGGAAGCCUUAGCUUGGUCUCCUGCCUGGGCCCUGGGGCCUCCAGAUAUGCCCGCAGUCACCCUGGCAAGGGCCCCACACCCUCAGAAUGAAAAGGAUGGAUUGGGUUAUUGCCAGACACCCCCAUUAGUUCCCCUAAAGUCUGUAUCUUCAGAGCUCUUUUAGCUCAUCUUUUGUUGUUUUUUGAGACAGAGUCUCACUCUGUCCCCCAGGCUGGAGUGCAGUGGCACGAUCUCGGGCUCACUGCAAGCUCCGCCUCCCGGGUUCACGCCAUUCUCCUGCCUCAGCCUCCCGAGUAGCUGGAAUUACAGGCGCCGCCACCGCGCCCGGCUAAUUUUUGUAUUUUUAGUAGAGACGGGGUUUCACCGUGUUAGCCAGGAUGGUCUCGAUCUCCUGACCUCGUGAUCCGCCCGCCUCAGCCUUCCAAAGUGCUGGGAUUACAGGAGUGAGCUACCACCCCCAGCCUUUUAGCUUAUCUUGAAAUCCACCAGCCUGCCUUCUGUUUAUGGCAUGAGCAGUGAUUUCAGUGAAACCAUCAUAAAAAUUCUUGUUCCACUAGACUCUGAUCACAGCAGUGAUGUUUCUGUAAACAAUACCCUGUACUUCUUGUUCCACUAGACUCUGAUCACAGCAGUGAUGUUUCUGUAAACAAUACCCUGUACUGUCCCUCAAGUACUGUACCUUUGUGCUUGCACACGUGUUACUAACUAGAGUCUCACGAUCCUAUGGUGCUAUUUUUAUUGGUGCAAAAUGAAACCCUCUCUGAUCAUAUCAAGCAAUGGUCAACUGAAUGCAGGAAAAGAGCCUCUAUGGCAAUACCAGUGUUCUUUUUUCAUUUCAGAGUCAAAUGUAUAUAUUUUCCAUUAGUUAACUUGCAUUACAUACUGUACCCAUGCUAUUUUUGUUUUACUUUUUGGUGCUGGUUUUGAAAGGAAAAAAAAAAAAGGCAAACAUUGGACGCCAUUAUACAUGAAAAAUUAUUAAUCAUUUCAUUGGAAGCAAGUUGAAUAUGUGUAAUAAAAUGUUUUUCCAUAA